AGAAAAUGUUGAAAUUUAAGAUAGAUUGAAUGAAGAGUAGCCCUAUUGACUUGUGAAGAAUGAAAACUUGAAAAUUACCUUAUUGUGUUUCAGUGGGGAGGAACAGGUAGAAAAUAUUGAAGAAUUUUAUGAACUACAUUUUGGCCUACUUUAUAACUACAUUACAUCUGUAUUUUACAUGUAGAAUGGGAUAACUGUUUCUUUUUUAUAGUCCCAAAUUUAAAAUUUGCAAAGAAGUCUUCAAAACAUCCUCAUUUUUCUAGAAAGAUGUUUUUGAUUCUGUUACAUUGUAGUAUCCGUUCAUACAUACUUUCUCAACCUACUAAAGUAGAGUUAUGAGCUUUGGAGGAAUGGGAAGUACCCUAAUCGAGUGGGAGAAAAAUGGAAGCAACUACUGUGACCACACCAUUGAAUCCUACAUCAAAUAAGCUCCCAGAUUAUAAGAAAUCAGUGAAGUUGAAAUAUGUUAAGCUUGGCUAUCAUUACCUCAUUAGUCAUGGGGUGUACAUUUUUCCUCUAAUCGUUGCCGUGAUUGCUGCACAAAUAUCGACAACUUCUCUGCAGGAUUUGUAUAAUAUAUGGGAUAAUCUCCAGUAUGACUUCAUCUCUGUGAUCCUCUGCUCGACCCUCCUAGUCUCUCUAUUUACUAUCUACUUCAUAACUCGACCUUACCCAGUCUAUCUCGUAGACUUCUCCUGCUACAAGCCUGAGGAAGCUCGAAGAUGCACAAUGAAGAUUUUCAUGGAGCGGUCUCGAUUAACUGGUUCAUUUACUGAGGAAAAUCUUGAGUUUCAGAAGAAAAUCCUGCAAAGAUCUGGCCUCGGCGACAACACUUACCUUCCAGAGGCUGUCCUCAAAGUUCCUCCGAAUCCAUCAAUUUCUGAAGCUAGAAAAGAGGCUGAGCUUGUGAUGUUUGGGGCCAUCGAUGAGCUAUUGGCUAAGACUAAAGUGAAACCCAAAGACAUAGGAAUCUUGAUUGUCAACUGUAGCUUGUUCAAUCCAACCCCGUCUUUGUCUGCAAUGGUCAUCAAACAUUACAAGCUUCGGGGAAACAUAGCCAGCUAUAAUUUAGGUGGCAUGGGCUGUAGUGCUGGUUUAAUCUCCAUUGAUCUUGCUAAAAAGCUCCUUCAGGUUCAUCCAAGUUCAUAUGCCUUAGUUGUUAGCAUGGAGAACAUCACUUUGAACUGGUAUUUUGGGAACGAUAGAUCAAAACUUGUUUCAAAUUGUUUGUUUAGAAUGGGAGGAGUCGCCAUACUGCUUUCAAACAAAUUUACUGAGAGAAGGCGGUCAAAGUACAGAUUGGUGCACACUGUUCGCACACACAAGGGGUCUGAUGACAAGUGCUUCGCUUGUGUAACCCAAGAAGCGGAUGCCAAUGGGAGCGUAGGAGUUACUUUGUCGAAGGAGCUCAUGGGAGUUGCUGGUGAAGCGUUGAAGACUAACAUAACUACUCUGGGGCCUCUCAUACUACCAGUUUCCGAGCAGUUGCUCUUCUUCGCAACGCUGAUAGGGAGAAAACUGUUGAAGAUGAAGCUGAAGCCCUACAUACCCGAUUUUAAACUAGCUUUCGAGCAUUUCUGCAUCCAUGCUGGUGGAAGGGCUGUUUUGGAUGAAAUAGAGAAAAACUUGCAGCUUUCUGAAUGGCACAUGGAACCGUCAAGAAUGACACUGUACCGUUUUGGCAACACCUCAAGCAGCUCUUUGUGGUAUGAAUUGGCUUAUUCAGAAGCAAAAGGGCGAGUGAGAAGAGGCGAUCGAGUAUGGCAAAUAGCAUUCGGGUCAGGGUUCAAGUGUAACAGUGCUGUGUGGAAAGCAAUGAAGAGCAUAAAGCCAGAUAAGGAGAAGAACCCAUGGAUAGCUGAGAUUGAGCAAUUCCCUGUGGAGGUUCCUAAGGUAGCAAACAUCUAACUCCAAAUAAGAGUAGUUGUGCAUUUAUCUGCAGAUUUGUGCCAGUAAAGAUCACCUCACCAUUUUGGAUUAUGAACUUCUUGUUGGUGAAACUUCAGCUUUUCUUUUCAUUUUGUUACUUGGACAUGAUGUAUAUUACAAAAGAGAAGUAACUUUUGAUGGUUGGUUAAAAUUCUACAUUAAUAGCAUGAUUUUUGCACUACAGAUUUGAGAUUUCCAGAGUUU